UAUUUUGUGCAAAUGGCGGCGGGGUGACCGUGCAAAGACACCGGGACACACCCAUUCAGAUCCGCCUUUUUACGCGUCGCCGUCCAAAAACACUCCACUAGUUCGAUGCAGCCCUCCGUUGGCGUCAAAAUGGAGAAAUUUCGGAGCGAUGGCCGGGCAGGAAAAAUUUUGCCGACGGAAAGUUCUCCUGGGUGACAGAGGCGGCGAAAAGACGCCCAAAUGGCCGAUCGCGUCAGACCCUCGCCUCGGAGCCGAAAAUCCCCGAGCCGUCGCGCGUCAAGAUCAAAGAGUUGAACCUGGACAACUGCCGAAGUAUGAUGAUUGAAGGUUUGACGGACGAGUUCACCAACUUGGAAGCGCUGUCACUCAUCAACGUGGGUCUGACCAGUCUGAAGGGCUUCCCCAAAUUACCUAGCCUCAAAAAGCUGGAGUUGAGUGACAACAGGAUACAGGGUGGUUUGAAUCUUCUGUCUGGCUCCGGCAAACUCACACAUCUCAACCUUAGCGGAAACAAAAUCAAGGACUUGGAAACAUUAGAACCAUUGAAAGACUUCCAGACCCUGAAGAACCUUGAUCUGUUCAACUGUGAGGUGACACAGAUGGAGAACUACAGGGAGAACGUCUUCAACCUCAUCCCCAGCCUCAAGUACUUAGACGGCUACGACAGAGCAGACAAGGAGGCGGACGACUCCAGCGUGGAAGACGAGGAUGAAGAUGAUGAGGAUGAAGAUGAAGAUGGGGAGAACGAUGAUCUGGAUGGGGAGGAUGCGAGUGAGGGAGUCCUGGGGGAGGAAGAGGAGGAUUCAGACGAGGAUGAUGAUGAUGAAGAGGAAGAUGCCAUUUCCAUCACGGAUGAUGAUGAAGAUGAUGAGGAUGAUGACGAUGAUGAUGAUGAUGAGGGGGACGAGGAUGAUGAGGAUGAUGAUGAUGGUGAGGUGGAGGGAGAAGAGGAGGAUGAGGGAGAGAGUGGAUCGGAGGUGGGGCUCGAAUACCUCUACAACAAGGACAUAGACUGGGGGCCAGGAGUUCUGCAACUUCUGCAAAUGCAGCAAAAGGAUGAGGAAGAGGAGGAAGACUUCGAGCCUGGGGAUGAUGAUGAAGAUGAGGAGGAGGAGGAAGAUGAGGAUGAUGAUGAUGAGGAGGCCGGAGAUCACCAGCGAGGCGAGAAGCGGAAACGCGACGAUGCAGACUUGGGAGACGAGGAUGAAGACGACUAGUGAUCCACAGAGACUUAGUUUUAUACUGUAUAGACGAGGUAGUGGGGGGUAGCUACUUGUAGAGACAAGGUAUGAGUUGAUUGUGGCUGGUCGAUAACUCUUCUUGGCUCUCAUCUAUAACGUUUGGAAGGGACCAGAGAUAUACAGUGAAGUGUUACUGUUACAAAACAACCGGCUUUGAAGAUCGGCACAAGAUGAGUUGUUGGUUGCCAUCAAUAAACUUGGUUUUGGGGAGAAAUUAAUUUGUUGAUCAGCUGAGGAUCUUAAUUGACGUCAGCUUUGACGAUAAGGGUACGAUUAGGUCCCGUUUCUCCAGUUUUGUAUGUAUAUACAUAUCUUGAAUAGUUUACUAUUGAUGUUGGUCAUUUCACUGGUUUGAUAAUGUGAGUUUGCAGUUAGAGAGAGAGAGAGUCCGCUUGUUCAAAUUGCUGCCGAUGUACCUGUUCCAUUCCUCCUGCUGCGUAUGUGUUCUUGAGAGAACAAAUUAACCACACAAAGACGACGUGAUCACCCCCGUUUCUCCACCACAUGUCUGCCGGCCGCUCAUCGAUGCUUGUGGGCUCCAGACGGGUGUAUAAAGUUCUGUACAAAAUGUUGAGGAUCCAAUGAAAGCGAAUUGGUGAUUUUAUGGUGCAGAAAAAAAAUGUAUAUUUUUAUUGUCUGUAGACGUAGCGUAGACUUAACAGGGGUUAAAAAAAAUUUAAUGGCAGAGACGUGGAUCGAGAAAGGGGUGAUCACGUGGUUUAAAACUUGUUCUAUCCAGUUUAAGGGUGACAAACAUCGUAUAAACUGGCUAGUCAAUGUAAAGUAGGAACAAUCUCCAGCAUUUCUUCCCCCCCUCCCCACUUAAGCGACUCCUUAGCGCAGAUUGUGUAUGCGUGUGCAGUUUUUCUACUUCCAAUUUGUAAAGGCUUGCACCCCAUUCCAUCUAGUGAUUUGACAACUGCUAGCUCACUACCAAAGCUUUAAGGUAAACCAUAGUUCUGGGCAUCUUAAGGAUCGGUCCUUGUCGACUGUCUCCUUAUGAAGACUUGUAAAAUAAAAAGGAGUUGCCCAGAUAAGCAUUCGUACCAAAUAGUUGUGCUUUUCUCUCUCUUCUGUAGCUUUUGACUAGACUGACUAAGCUUGGCAUAGAUUUUGUAGACAGGAAAAUGAGUCCUAUGUUCAUGUAUUGGAGCAUUAUGUAGUCUCCAUAUUGAUUGACACACAGGCAGACAUGAAUAAAAUAAUUAAAAAUGCCAAGU